AUGCAGAUAUGGCGGCGGACCUUCGCCACGUCUGUCGCAAGACUCGGCCAAAGCACGACAAUUGGCGCACGCCCCGCUGCUCUUAGGUGCGCGCAAAUUCUCCAAGCCAGCAAGAAGGACCAGCCCUGCAGCUUGGAGGACCAAGAGAUCAAGGUCAAUGGGUUUAUCCGAUCGGUUCGCAAGCAGAAGCGCUUUGCCUUUGCAGAGAUCUCAGAUGGAUCGACCAUUCAGCCGCUGCAGGCCAUACUGAAACCAACGCAAGCAGCUGAGUUAUCUACCGGUGCUGCAGUUGAAAUAUCCGGAGUCUGGAAAGCCUGCCCCCCUGGAAAGGAGCAAACCCAUGAGCUUCAAACAACGAACGUGACAGUCGUCGGCGCAUCAGAUCCAGAGACAUUCCCAAUUCAGAAGAAAUACCACAGUCCCGAAUUUUUGCGUCAAAUUCCCCAUCUUCGCAUCCGCACCCCUUUCCAGUCGUUGCUUUCCCGAUUUCGUUCCGAAUGCCUGUUCCAGCUGGGCAACGUGUUUCAUUCCUUCCCCAAUGGCGGUUUCACCCAAGUACAACCCCCAAUAAUCACGUCGUCAGACUGUGAAGGAGCGGGCGAAACAUUUACAUUGGCUCCACGUGGUGCCGCAAUACCGGCUUCUGAUGCCGACCAUUUCUUUCGAACUCCCAAGUACUUGACUGUGUCAUCGCAAUUACAUCUUGAGGCCUACGCCGCGGAGUUGGGCAAUGUCUGGACACUGACCCCUGCCUUCCGCGCCGAGAAAAGUGACACACCGCGCCACCUUAGCGAGUUCUACAUGCUGGAAGCCGAAGCAAACUUCAUGUACGAUUUGGAUACGCUCACGGAGUUGGUGGAACACAUGCUUCGCGACCUGACGCGCCGACUGUACGAAACGCCGGUUGGUCAAGAAAUUCUGUCAGCAAAGCAGACUGACGAGUCGGGUCAAGAAAGUGGCGUCGAGGGAUCAGGCUCGGAUUUGCGCCGAAGAUGGGCUGCUCUGAUGAACGGUCCUAAAUGGCAUCGCAUCACAUAUACCCAGGCUAUUCAAAAGCUUCAGGAGGCUGUCGCUGAGGACGGUGCAUUGUUCGAGCAUGCUCCCACUUGGGAUGGUGGCCUUCAGCUCGAACAUGAGAAAUACAUUGUCGAAGUGUUGCACCAGGGCAGCCCAGUCUUCGUCACCGAUUAUCCAAAGGCUGUGAAGCCGUUCUAUAUGGCGCCUUCGCAGGCCGGAGAGAGAAAGAGCGAUGUGCUGGGCGAGACAGUUGCCUGCUUCGAUCUACUUCUGCCUGAGGUCAGCGAAGUCGCCGGCGGUUCCCUGCGUGAGCAUCGCCUGCCGAAUCUUAUUCAGAACAUGCGCGAGUAUGGUCUGAUCAAGACCCGCGAGUCAACCGACCCCGAGGCCGCAGCCUCGAACGAACCGCUAUACCCCUAUCUCACUCCAUCAGAGGAUCUUGGCCACCUUCAGUGGUAUGCCGAUCUACGUCGCUGGGGCAGUGCACCUCACGGUGGUUUCGGACUUGGCUUCGAUCGGAUCCUAAGCUAUCUGACUGGAGUCUCCAGUGUUCGAGAUAUCGUCUCCUUCCCACGGUAUUUUGGCCGUGCUGAUUGCUAG